CGUUAUAAACAAAGCAACGCCUGUCCCACCACACUGCUGCAAUCUGUCUGAAGAGAGAGAGAGAGAGAGAAAAAGUUUGUCUGGACAUUUGUUUGCGGGGAGUGAUCAUCUCAGGACAAUCAGAAGAGAAAUCCACAGGUUCUGCAACUUUUGGAAAUGGAUGAAAUCCAGGUUGAGUCCAAACACCUGCUGGUGGACAGGGAACUGCCGGGCCUGAGAGAGGCUGUGCAGCAGCUUGUUAUCAAGGAGCACGAUGUGGAGACUCCUUAUGGAAGAAUCCACUGUACGAUGAAGGGGGUUCCUAAAGGGGAAAGACCCGUCAUCCUCACCUUCCAUGACAUCGGACUGAACCACAAAACCUGCUGGGACACGCUCUUCAACCAUGAGGACAUGUCAGAGAUCAUGCAGCACUUUGCCGUGUGUCACGUUGACGCCCCUGGGCAGCACGAGGGAGCAAACACUUUUUCCACUGGAUACGAGUACCCCUCAAUGGACCAGGUCUCUGAGACACUCCCUCUGGUGCUGAAGCACUUUGGGCUGAAGACAGUCAUUGGAAUGGGCAUCGGGGCGGGCGCCUACAUUCUGACCAGAUUUGCACUGGACUAUCCAAACUUGAUGGAGGGCCUGCUGCUCAUCAACAUCAACCCGUGUGCUGAGGGCUGGAUGGACUGGGCUGCACACAAGCUCAGUGGCUUGGCUCACGCAAUGCCCGACGUGAUCAUCGGCCACCUCUUUGGAAAGGAGGAGAUCCAUCACAACCAGGAUAUGAUUGCAACGUACCGCCACCACAUCCAGCAUGACAUGAACCAGUUUAACCUGCAUCUCUUUAUCAAGUCCUACGAAAGUCGAAGGGAUCUGGAAGUUGAGCGACCGGUCCCUGGAAGCCACGUCAGAACCCUCAAGUGCCCCUCUCUGCUGGUGGUUGGCGACAGCUCACCUGCAGUGGAUGCUGUGGUUGAGUGCAACACCAAGCUGGACCCGACAAAGACUACCUUGCUUAAGAUGGCUGACUGCGGUGGCAUGCCCCAGGUUGACCAGCCAGCGAAACUGACAGAAGCUUUCAAGUACUUCAUUCAGGGCAUGGGAUACAUGCCGUCUGCCUGCAUGACCCGCCUGGUCCGCUCCCGCACCGCCUCCGGCACCAGCGUCACCUCCUUCGAGGGGAACCGCUCCCGCUCCCACACCCACGAGGGGAACCGUUCCCGCUCGCACACCAACGAGGGGAACCGCAGCCGCAGCCAAACCGCCGAGCACCCACGCGGCCGCUCCCACACGGGCGGCUCCAUGGACGGCCCGGUCGACCAGGCCGUGCCCAAGUCCACCGAAGUGUCCUGCUAAAGCGAGCCUCCAUCCCCAGGACACGCGCAGCUCUCAAAGGUCCCUUCGGUUCGUGCUGCGUUGCCUCUAACCGACACACACACACAUUGCUACUCACACACACAUCUAAGCGAAGAGGGACACAAGGGUGGCGUAACCCGGGUUUGUAAAAACGCACAAAGGACACUCACCUGCAGAGGAGUCAGUGCAGCUGAGAGGCCCCAACUAGAAAACAUGAGGUCUUGAGUAGGAGGUCAAGGGGUCAACUGUAAGCCUGUUUUAUCAUUCUGAGGGACUCCAACACAUCUGAACUGCUCCUGCGCUCCGGUGUCAGGCGAGUGUGUCGUUAGGGACAACGCAGCAUCUGGGAACACCGAAUCAGAGAUUGUCGGAGAAAGCUGUGGACACCAGCUCGUACAUGUAUCGCUCAUAACCUCUCAUACAUAUAUAAAAAGAAAAAAAAGAAAAUUGUUUUAAAUUUCCAUUUCUGCAUUUCCUCAUCCUGUUUGUAUCCAUUUUUACCAAUAUUGACACAGCUUUCUUAAAUAUACCUGACUGUUUUCUGUUCACUGUAAUUGUCUGAUCAUUUAUCUCGUUGUUUUCCAUGUCUGACGUGUUGUCGUUGGUACGUAGGAGCAGAUUUAUAGACGUAGAGAAUGUGGAGGCACUUGUGGAUAAAUCUUUAAAAUAAAUAGCAGUUUGCUUUUCAAAUUGCGAGUGUAACUUUGAACAUUAAGGGACGUGCAUCAAGUUUAUCAUUUAUAUACAACGAAAAAUGUUGUUUCAUCUCAGCAGUGUCCAUUAUCCUUGAUUUUUUAUUUUAAAACAUCUUGUUAUUUUAACUACUUUUAACUCAAAGAUACAUAUCCGUCAUGAGUCUGUCAGCUUCGCCAUUAAUCAAAACCACUCAGAAACUCAGAAGCUUUUUAUAAUGGAUCGUGGCCUCAUACAAAAAGGUUUCUUUCCUCUUUUUUUUAAGAUGAUUUCUAUGCAAUCAAUCACAAUGGAACAAAGAUGUGCCACGGAAUCGUUCACUCUUUAGACGAGAUGCUCCUACGUGGUGGUGGAUUAUUUGGGGGGGUGACGUGUUAGGUCCGCAUGUUAACAUGAGGAUAGCCGUAGAACUUACCUGACACCUUCUACUCCCGUAUUUUACUUUGCACUACAGCAGCGUUUUUUUUUCUUCCGCUUGGUAGAACACAAACAUACAGCUUUGUAAAGAUUGCGAUACACAACCGUCUAAUGCCGUAGAAAAGCAUUAAAAUGACGUAACAGUUUGUAUUUAUUAAAAAAACGACAAUAAAAACCUUGUAACAGA